CAAACAAUUAUUGCAACUUUUAUAUUAAAACCAGCAUUACCCCAGCAAUAUUUUCCAUUAAUAUUAUGAAAAUAAAUAGUAAAAAAUUACCAAUUUGAAAGAGAAUUUUGCUCUGUAUCGGUUUAUCAUCAGCUGCGUUCUGUCAAAAAAUACAGAAAUUCGUUUUGGGGUUAAGCGCGCGUCCAUUUUUCUCGUAAAUAAAUUACAAAUUUUAUGCUAUUUGUUGUUUGUCAUGAAGUAUAUUUUUGUUCUAAAGAAUAAACAAGAUAUUUAAUUAUUCGCGUUCGUAAAAUGUAGUGUGCGUUCUGUUCAAAAUCUAAACAAGAACGUAGCAUCUUACCACCAUAUAUUUUCACAUAGGGUCAUUCAUUAAUAUAGGUUUUUAAACUGUGUCUCAAAGAUAAAUAUUACUAAGAACGCUUAUUGUCACUUAAAACGAUGAAAAGAAAGAAGCAACAAGAUAGUGAGCAACAUGAACAACCACUUAGAGCUAAGAAAAAGAAAAAUCACAAUGACAAUGUACCAGAAGUUCUUAACAUUUCCAAAAAGACAAGCAAGAAGAACUUGGUAAUCAAAGCAGAGAUCAAAGAGGAAAUUCCUGACAUUUCAGAACCCCUUAAAAGAAAGAGGGAUAAAUUAGUAAAAAGUGAUAUUAAUAUUAAUAGAAAUGGACAGUCAGUUGAUGAUAUACAAGAUGUAGAAAUGGAGUCUCAAUUACCAAAAAAGACCAAAAAGAAAGUUAGGAUAGAUGAGACGGAGAGCUUAAAAAUCAAGAAAGAAAUGGCCGAUACCGAGCCUCACUUUUCAACAAAAGAACUACCAGCUAAAAUUAUAAAAUCUAAAAUGAACAAAGCAUUAACAGAGGAUGUUAAAGUUUCACCAGUUACUGUACAAAGUCCGCAAGUUCAUAUGGGCAUAGCUUCAAAAGCUGUUCAUAACGGUAGUAAAGAGGAAGAAGAAUCUAGCACUACUGAAGAUUCAGAUUUAGAAGUGUACUAUAUAAAUAAAAAUGCAGAAAAGGAAGCUAAACAAAAAGAGAAAGAGUCAAUCCCCAAAAAACAUUCCAUUUUUAUGCCAAAAGAAGAUCAAGACCUUCUAGUUCAAAGAAUUCAGGAUUGCAUACCUGAAAAUGAUACUAAGAGCUACAAAUACCGUGUAACUCAAAUAGAAUGGGCAAAAGUAGCAUUUAAAAAUUACUCAGUAGAGGAUUGUCAGAAAGUAUGGGCUCAGUUGUUGAAGAAAGUUAGACAUUAUAGGCUCUUAAUUGAAAUAACGCAUGAUGUAAGGCAAGUUAUUGAAAAUAUUGAUUUAAAGGCACAAUCCAAACAUCCAAAGACAUCAACAAAAAAACAUCCAGAUAUGCCAAAAAGACCCUUAAGUUCUUACUUUCUAUUUUACAUUAGAAAAAAGGAUAAGAUUGCCAAAGAGCAUCCUGAAGCAGAUGUGACUGAGUUAAACAAAUAUAUUAGUGAAAAAUAUUACAGUCUCCCUUUAGAAAAGAAGCAAAAAUAUGAUGGACUAGCUGCCAAAAAUAGAGAGAAAUAUAAGAAAGAUAUGGAGGAGUUUUAUGUCAAACACCCAGAGUUCAGAAAAACAAUAAAGAAAGAACCCAAAAUCAAAAAGGAAAAACCACCAAACAAACCUGAAACUCCCUACAGAUUAUACAUGUUGGCUGAGUUAAAUAAAGAACCGAUUGAUGAACAAUAUAAGACAGAAUUUAAGGAACUGUGUAGGGAGAAAUGGAAACAAAUGCCAGAUGGAAAAAAACUGGUUUGGAUAAAUCUUGCUGAGGAACAUCUGUUGAAAUACAAUGAAGAAUUAAAAAGUUAUAUGGCAAGGUAUCCCGAAUAUAUUCCGAAACUCCCUACCAAACCUUUUCUGUCAAGGGAAGAACUGAAUCUCAAAGACAAGCUUGCUGGCAAACCUAAAAAACCACCAACCACAGCUUACAGUCUAUUUAUGAGCACAGUAAUGCAAAGUGAAGAAAUAGCAAAUAUCCCUAUUAAAGAAAGGAUGAACUAUUGUUCCGUCAAGUGGAAGCACAUGAAUGAUGAAGAAAAAGAUCAGUACAGAACUCAGCUGAUAGAUAUAAAUGUUCAGUACCAAGAGAAAUUUAAAGCCUACCUGGACUCAUUACCAGAAGAUAAGAGGCAAGCAGAAAUUCUUCUCAACGCUCCUAAGAAGAAGGUCCCUGAAAAAUCGAGUUCUUCUAAGAAAAAACACAGUACAAAAAAAUCAUCUGGACUCACAAAGAAAAAGAAAUCUCCACCCAAAAAGAAGGUAUUGGUUAAUCCAACACCCCCUCCAAGGUCUAUGUAUAAAUACUUUUUGGAAAAAUAUGAAGGGGAUAAUCCGAAAGAGGCAUGGAAAACAUUAGAUCCAAACGAAAAAGAAAAAUAUGAAAAGGAAUUGACUACUCUAAAAGACAAAUAUAUUAAAGAUUUUGAAGCUUACUUGAAAAGUUUGACUAAAGAAGAAUUAGCGGUGUUUUCUGCAAGCAGAAAACAACAAAGCAAUGAGGAGAGCAGUUCUGAAGAGAGUGAUUCAGAAUCAGAGGAUUCUUCUGAUGAAUCUUCAGAAAAUGAAGGAUCGGAUACAGAUGAGAACUAGGUUAAGACAUCAAUCUGUCUAAAUGUAUAAAAUAAUUACAACAUAUUUAUAUCUUCUAUCUGUAAAGGCAAAUAGUUUUUUUAGCAAAAAUCUACCUCCGAGAAGAGAGAAUUUGGUCUUUCUAAAAAAACUACUUUACAUCUCGAUGUUAAUUUGUAUAUUUGUCAUACAAAAUUUAAAAAUAAAUACCUCAAAAAUAUCUUUAGAGAUAAGUAUAUUCUUGGAGAAUGUUUGUUAAUAUUGGCUAUAAAUGUUUCUAUACAACUGAAAUAUGGUUGGUUCUGUUGAAACUUGUGUUAAUUAUGUUUUAAUAAUUUUUUACAAGACAUUGAAAGCUUCUACAAGGUGUGUCAUAAAGUUUUUUUCCUAUACGAUUUUUUUUGUUAAAAUUGUAUAAAACAAAGGAAAUUCAACAAGAGUAAUUAUUAAUACAAUAAGUUUUCUUUACAGUUCUGUAAAUAAUUGUAAAAAAAUGAAAAAUCAACUUUUGGAAUACCAAAAUUCAAUCUAAAAUAGUCUUUUAUCGUCUACAAGAGUAUCUCGAUUAUUUAGGAAGCCUAUAUACUACAAAAUCGGUAGCCUGAAAUGUAAUAUUUUUAUUUUUCACAAUUUUCUACACAGUAAAAUAAAAUUAUGGCGUCAGAAAUUAUUUUUAUUAUAUUGGACUAUGUCUUAUGUCAUUCAUAUGAAUAAACAAUCAAUUGAAAAAUAUAUACAGGGUGUCUCAAAAAUAAAUGCAAGUAUUUUAACAAGUAGUAUAGUUCGACCCCAGAAACACGCUCGUCAGUUUUUUUUUGGCGAAUAAAAAUUUUCGAAAAAUGACGAAUAAAAAUUUCGAACAUUUUCCAUUUUUCUCGACAUUCUCCGGAAAUUAUUGAAAAACUCUUGUGUGUCAUUGUUCAUUAACCACGGUUGUCAAAAUGUUAGCAUAAUUUUUUAAUUAAAUAUUAUAAGUUAAAUAUCUCGGCUAUUUUGAAUUUAUUUUAAAAAUAGUAAAUAGAAAAGAUGAUUCUUUCGGCCAGAUCUACCACCCCUUAAAAUAUUUGCACUCAUUUAUGAGACACCCUGUAUAUUUUUUUUAUUCUCAGUAAACUCAUUAAUAAGAAAUUUUAUCAUUUGUUGCCACACCGUGUAUAUAUUUAUAGACGUAGAAUGUAGCGGGUUGGUAAAGACAAUGACUUAAAGAUGUAGAGGAACAGUUUAUACCAUCUUCUAUAAAUAUAAAAUCCCAGAUCCGUUACAAACAAGCGCCAGAGCUUUUGGUUUCAGGUCCCAAUUUGAUAAUUGUUUGUAUAGCAUAUAAUUCAUCUAUUUUAGUUGAAAUCAAAAAGAAAUACUCUUUAUGCCAGUGUAGUUUUUACCACUCCUUUUUAACUUUAUAACUAUAAAUGUCUGAGUGUACAUUGAUGUCCAUCUGAUAGAUAAUUAUAAACCAGAAAUGUUGAUUCUCUUUCUAAUAAGUUGUUAGAUAAGACACUUUAAUAGAUACAUAUAUUUUUCAAAUUUCUUUUUUAUUCUAGAUGUAACGAAAAAUCAUUAUUGUAUGUCUCUCUCGUAUUUUUAAGAUUCCUUGUGCGUGUAAUAAAUCAGUGCUGAACUACAUUUUGAAAAUUAUGGUAGCUAAUAUGUUCUAUAAAUUUUCAAAAAGUUACAGAUCGUUUUUAAUUUGUAUAUAAUUACCAUAUGUGGUAGAUUUAUUAAAUAAGUUUCAGUUGCUUUAAUUUUACAGUUCUAACAUAGUCAAAUUAUCUUGGCAUAAUUCAUCUAGAUGUAUAUUA